AUGGCGGUUAUAAAUGUCGGGGAAGCAGAAAAUUUAUUUUGCGUAAUGGCUGCCUUUAUGAAAUAUAAUUUUAUAGUUACAAGUAAACCUUAUGGAAUUGGAAAAAAAAAACCAGUAAAAUUUCAAGAGCAUUAUAUUCCUCAAACCCACAAUGAUAUUUUCUUGGAAGAGAUUUUACCGGACGUUGCAGAUAGGUUAGGUUAUGAAUCUCUUUUUCCAGUGAAAAUUCCUGAAAGAUUUUCGUCUGGAGUUAUGAUUUUGGCCACUAAUGAAGAAGGAAUUAAAAUUGUAAAAGAGGGUUUAAAAACUGCUAAAAACAAACAUUUUUUAACAAAUUCUUACUUAGUUAUUACUGUUGGACAUCCAAAAUAUGAAAAACUGGAAACAAAAUUCGGUAUGAAAUGUAAAAUGUCCAACAACGACAAGCAUUCAAUGGUUCUUGAUGAAUGGUCUACUAAAAGUGUUAAAUUAAAAAGAGUCAAAGUUAUCAGGUGGAAACAUGAAGUUUUAUCUACAUCAGAUUUAGUUAGUUUACUUAAAAUUGAUAUAUCAAGUUCAUAUAGUGACUGUUUAAGACUUUUUCUCGCCACUAAAUGUUUUUCUCCAGUACUCGGUGACCAAAUUUAUAGUAAUAGAAUAUUAAGCUUAUUCGGAGUACCAUUGGUUUUAAAUCCGGAACACUCGUUGAAAACUCCAGAGGAAUUCAAUCCAGAGUUGCUAAAGCUUCUUCAAAUUCAUGAAAAUGAAUUAAAAAUAGUUCCUGCACAUGUUCAUUUGAAAUCUGUAUUAUUAACUAUUAAGAAAAAUGAUUUAAAUUUUGAAGUACCUCUACCUGAAACUUUAUUUUGCUCUCUUGCGUGUAAUAUUAAUUAUAUCACUGCCGAAAAUAAUGAAAAAGUUGUUCAUUACACAGUGGAUACAUUUCCAAAAAAAAUUUUUAAAAAUAAUCACUUUAUAAUGUUUUACGCACCAUGGUGCGGACAUUGUAAAAGAUUGCAUCCAACGUGGGAGCAAUUGGCUGAUAUGUUAAACGAUGAUCCGGAAAAUCAAGUCAUUAUUGGAAAAGUUGAUUGUACUGUUGAUAGUGAUUUAUGUUCAGAAAAUGAUGUAACAGGCUAUCCGACACUAAAAUUUUUCAAAAUGGGAAACACAGAAUCGAUUACAUUUAGAGGUACCAGAGAUCUUCCUUCUUUGACAUCGUUUCUCAACGAGCACUUGGGUAAAAUUUUUGAAGAUAAAAUCAAUGCUGGUCCAACAAGCACAGAUGGGUUAACUGAACUAACAGACUCCAGUUUUAACGAUUUCAUUCAAAAAGGGAAAUUUUUUGUUAAAUUUUAUGCUCCAUGGUGUGGCCACUGUCAGAGAUUAGCUCCGACUUGGGAAGAGUUGGCCAAAUCAUUCAAAGAUGAUUCAAAUGUUGAAAUAGCAAAACUCGAUUGUACAAUUCACAGAACCGUUUGUAACGAUUUGGAAAUUAAAGGCUAUCCAACGUUACUGUGGAUCGAAGAUGGAAAUGUGGUUGAAAAAUAUCAAGGAUUGAGAUCGGAAUCAGAUUUGAAAUCAUAUGUAAAAAAAAAAUUAGGAUUGAAAGAAGAUAAAACGGAUGAGGAUUCAGGGGGUUCGAGUGGAAUGAUCACAUUAAAUUCUGAAACUUUUCAAUCUGGCAUAUCGGAAGGUUUAUCAUUUGUUAAAUUUUUUGCUCCCUGGUGCGGUCAUUGUAAAAGAUUGGCUCCAAUAUGGAAUGAAUUGUAUAAGAAAACUAUGGGAAAACCAAAUGUUAAACUUCUCAAAGUUGAUUGCACUCUUGACAACAGUAAAGAAUUAUGCAACGAACAAGAAGUUGAGGGAUUCCCCACAUUGUACUUAUACAAACAUGGAGAAAAAAUAUCAGAAUACAACGGUCCGACUAAUUUAGAAGACAUGUACGAAUUUUUAUCUCAGCAUUUCAUUCACGACGAAUUGUGA